UCUAAUUUUAUGUUCCACAGAAGAAAGAAAGUCGUACAUGAGAACAACACGGUUUUGAUUUUCUGAUGACUGUCACUCAUCCACUAGGUGCUACAAACGCUUUUGCAGCACAGAGAAUUUGACCAUUAGUUGCCAACCGCCAAAUAAAAAUUGAAAGAAGAAGAAGAAGAAGAAGAAGAAGAAGAAGAAUUUGACCAUAGAAGAAGUCAAGGACUAAGUUUGGCGAGAUGGCUGAUUUACUGACAGUGUACGACGAUGAGCAGGCCAACAGCUUCAUUGACUGCACGAUCUGCGAUAAAAGAAUAAGGGGCGAAAGCCAUUACAAAAUACAUGUGACCACAUUACAACAUUUGGAGGUAAGGAGAGAAAAUGCGGUGUUGUGACUGAAGGAGUACCAAUAACUGAACACCAAAUCGGCAUAUUAGAAUGAUUUCUGCAGAAUAACGUCACACUGAAGGCUGCUGAAAAUUCACCUUUUCCAUCACAGGAAUAAAUUACAUUUUAAAAUAUAUUAAACAGAAACGGUUCGUUUUAAUUGUAAUAAUAUUUCACAAGAUAACUAUUUGUAUUGUAUUUUUGAUCAAAUUAGUGCAGCCUUGGUGAGCAUAAAAGACUUUAAACAGCAUUAAAAAUAUUUAAUUGUUCUAAAAAAAUGUACUAUUAGCAAUAUAUAUACAGUUUAGUAGUUCUGUGUUCCUGAAGUACUAUUAAUAAUAGGUUUUAAGUGGUUUUAGAUUGUAAUACUUGCAUUUUUCGUUUUGCUCACUUUUCUGCUUCAUUCAAGUUUAGGACUUCAUCCAGCGAGCAACAUUUUGCCUGCUCAUUUCCUUUGUCUUUUAGACAUUGUAUACACAAGUUGUAUACAGGUUAUGUCUGCAUUGCUUUAUCAUCCCCAAAAGCUACUCAUUUUGCUUUUGAAGCAAAUUAGGAGUUGCGUGGACACUAGAGUGUUUUGGGCUGUCUUUGUCUUUACUAUAAGACAUUGAGAUACCAGUCCAAUUAGAUUUCAUUCUGAGGACCAAAUCAACUUUACAGUUACAAUCUUUAUGCUUUAACAAGGGUUUAGAUCACAUGGAUCUUCAAUCUCCUGAACAGACGGAGCUGCUUGAAACAACGUGUAUAUUCUUAUACAAUUCUGCAUAUUUGAGAAGAUUCAAGAGCACUAUAACAUAUUGCACUGUUUUUGUUUUUGUUUUAGUCUGAGGGCAUCCUCACACUACUCCAAAUAGUUGACAUCUGUACUAAAAUGUGCAGUUGUUUGACAGCCUAUAGCCAUCAUGGCUGUUGGUGGUGCAGCAAGAUGAUGUGCUAUUUCAUAAGACUGCUAAAGGACUUUUGGAUUCUGCAUAAAAUGGCAAGUAUUGUCCAAAUCUGCCAGCUCCAUUCUUAACUGGCUGGCCACAAUGUGGGAGUCGGACUGCACAGGUUUUCUUUUAAAGUUUCUCAGCUGCUCCUUGUUGCUCUCAUUUUCCAAACUUUGUGAGAUUCAUGACAUUGAAUCUUUGGAAGAUACUCAGAUUGACGCUCCUCGAGCAUUACUAUAUAUUCAGCUUGAUUUCAGAUUUCUGCGAGGGAAGUUGUCUGUACUUAUGUUUGGUCAAAUUGGAAUUCUGACCAUACAACUCUUACCACAUUAUUUCUGUUUUGUGUAUCCUCUGUGGAUACUGCUGUGCCACUAUAGCUACUGGCUACAAAGGGCUGGACAGUAAAUAAUCCAAAUUUAUUUCUUUUAUAUCACUUAGAAAUUUAGUUGUUUAUAAAAUAUCACAGGAUACUGAAUCCUACUUAAUCAAGGAACAUGUUUUCAUGUUUUAAUUUCUUUUGAAUGACUUUAGUAAGUAUGUUCUAACUGGACUCAGAACAUCUCAUUCAGAUCUAUAAGACUAUACGAAAUGUCCCAAAAUCUAAUUAUUUUGUUUUAUUUAUUUGUUGAGAUUAUAAUGCGCUAUUUAAAAGUACAUGUCUGUAUCAUAUCAAGAAAUUCAACAGAAAUCUCAAGGAGUUUGUAAGUAUUCAAAUUGUCAGGUGUCAUCGCAUUGUUUCAUUGACAAGACAUGUUUAAAUAAACAGUAGUGGUGAUGUGGACAUAUAAAUCCUUAAAGAUCUGUAAAAUUGUUAAUUUAAGGACCUUAUGGUUCAAUUCAUUGUUUGUGCCCUCCAGUGUAUUUUUUAUUUUUUCCCUUGUUCAAUGUGAGGUGAUUAACUUGUAAGUUUGUUCCCUCAAAACAUUAUAAAUCUGGAAAUAACACAAUGCUUGGAAUGUGCUCAGCAGAUUUUAUUUUGCAAUUUCAUUGCAUCCCCUUUACGAAAGCAGGCAUUGAGGACAACACAAGUAAGCAUGUCAUACACAUUAUGUGUAUGGACGGUAUCACAGGUGGAUAAGUAUGAAUUUCUAUAGCAUCUUCUGGACUGGUCACAAUCCUGGGGAUGCUGUUUUUCCACAGUGAUGUAUGAAUACUAGCACAAUCGGUGUACCAACUCCUCACCUGGGCAAACCGCUUUCUUGCACUGUAAAAGAUAACUUUGCUCUGAAGCUACUGGACCUUGAUGCUGUAGGAUUUUCUCAAAGCUUCUCAGAUUCUAGAGAUCUGAGAUGCCCAUAUGGAUCCUUAAGUAGAUCGGACAAUCUUGUUUCAGCAUUAUUCCAUAAUUCAAGACCAGAUUGUCUUUCAUCAAGUGGAGUCUUUCAUGAUGGCUGAGAAUUAGAUGGACUCCCUGGAUUUUGAUGGAAAUGUGAUGUCUUUCAGCAGAGAUAUGGUGGGAAUGGCCAUUAUAUUCCAGUACAAAGGCUGACACAAGAACUGUUUUACCUGCCAAAAAGCCUCAGGUCUAAAUCAAUGUCUGUUUAAGCAGAAAAGUGUUUGUGGACAUGAACUUUUUCUGUUUGAUAGUAGGUCAAAUGGAAAACAAUUUAGUUUUAACACUGAGAGGACUCUUCUUUAGCUAAUUUGUUCAAAUGUUUCUCAACCGUUAAUGCCCCGUGGUUCAAAAAAAAAAAAAAAAUUACUGUGAUCGGACCUGUUUAAACAGGUAGAAACAUAAUGCAUGACAAUGCACUUUUUGCAGGAGGGUGUGCGUGUUAUCAGACAUUUUGUGCAGAUUCUGCUGCAGUAGAAGAAACAUAGGAUCUUUCAGAUAUUAAGAAUAUAUGUUUUUGAUUAUAUUGGUAAACUGCUGAAAUUAUCAUGUUAUAUGAGCUUAUUCUGUCCUUACAGGAGAGAUUGCGAGACCACAUCCACUGCCGGAAUGGACUGACAUCAGAGAAUAUUUGGAAUACCUGAAUCUUGAUGAGCCCAUCAUUGGCAAGACGACGUCAGAACCAAAACCAUUAAAAUUAACAUACAAUUUAAAAUAAUUGAGUAAAGUGCUCUUAAAGGGAUAUGUUACCCAUAAAUAAAAAGUUAGUUAUCAUUUACUCACCUCAUGUCAUUCCAAACCUGUAUAAUUUUCUUUCUUCUGUGGUACAUGAAAGAAGAUAUUAUGAAAAAAAAAAAACUGUUUUCUCCCAUACAAAGAAAGGGAAGUGGGGUCCAAAAUAACAUUGGAAUUUGGACCCCAUUGACUUUAAUGUAUGGCUGAAAAGAAAAUACGGAGAUAUUUUCAAAAUAUAUUUAAUUGUAAUAAAAAAAAAGCUAUCUUUUCCUUAUUUCUUUUUUCAGGUCUCAAUUCCUUGAUACAGGUUCCAGAUCAUGGCAAAACUGUGUUAAAGUACAAGUGCCGAAUGUGUGUUGUGGAGAUGGACCUUUAUAGCAUGGUGGCCCAUAUCGUUGGAUGCAAACACAGACAGAAAUACCUGGAGCUGAAAAGACCUGACUUGGUGACAUGGCAAGAAAACAACCAGAAAUAACUGGGUCUUGUUGCCAGAGCCAAAGCUGCAGUAGUUGAAAAGCAGGAGGGAUGGGGAAAGCCAGUGGCACUCAGAAGACCACAAGAGAAAUUCAGAAAUGUUUUCCAAGCAGGAAGUGAAUUAAGGGCCAGUGUUCACUAUGGACAAUACUCUCUUAAGAAGUCACCUUUCCCUGAACAGGUUCAAAAACAGACAUACCUAGAUGAAGACCUACAUGAAAGACCCUAUUAUACUGGCGAUAAGUAUGACCAGUAGAGUAGACCUAAUCCAAGUCACGCAAUCCGCCAACAAUUCUAUCCAGAAGAAAACAGACAUCAAAAACCUUACGAAGAUGCUGACAUUCGAGGAGGACACUCACAAGGUGAUGAUUAUCCUGAAAGAGAAAUGCAUACUAGGCCAUAUGCAGACCAGGGUGGACGGAGACUUUGUGAAGACUAUGAAGGAAAAUGUCUUGGUGGAGGACAGUUCUCAGGAGGUAAAAUAAACCGAUUUAAUGACCUCCGAAUCCACCCUGGAGCAUCAGAAUAUCAGAAAGAGCAAAUGCAAGGUAGGCGGAAUGUAGAUUAUGAAGAGAGAAAUCCUGCCAUGAAUCCCAUGUCAAUGCAUGGAAGAAGCUUUAAUGAGGAGAAAAGGGGGACUGUCAGAGAAACACACAGUAGGACUUGGGACAAAGCUAAUGAGGUACCAGGUUACCCCCCUAUGUUUCAACCCAGAGAUCCAAGAGCAUAUUCACAAGAAGCGACUCCAGCUAAAAAGAAAAAGAAGAGUAGAUUCUCUGAUGCAACCGCAGAGGAAAUAGCACUCGCACAUACGAGACAUUCAAAUAAAUCGUCCCCCAAAGAGAAACCAAGAAGACCACCGUUUAAAACAAAUCCUUUGUCUUUUAAUAAACAAUUUGUGGAUUCUGGAAGUACAUCCCAUCUUAAUCCAAAACAUGAAAAUGUUCUGGACAUACUUAGUGACAUCAAGAUUGAAAAUAUGGACGAAGCCAGAUUUCUUAAAGAAAAGCUGUGCACCGUUUUGAAAGAGUUCCAAGAAAACAAAUCCAGAAGUGUUGUGGGCCAUACGUCACAACCUGUCAGUGAUCACAGAGGAGUAAAGCAGACAGACCAGGGCAGAGAUGCAUAUAAAGACCCAAGGGAUGAUCCAGAUGGCAUGCAUUUAGAAAAGAGAGGUUUCCAAGAUGCCAGACGAUAUGAAGACAGUUCCAGAAGUUUCCAAGAAUCCAGACAAUAUGGAGAUGACCCUAGAAUGUUUAGAGAGGUCCGACAAAUUGGGGAUGACCCCAGAGGUCUUAGAGAGACCAGACGUUAUGAAGAUGAUUACAAGGAGUCAUAACGAUUUGACAGUUAUCCCAGUGGUCUUCAAGAAGCAAGGCCGUACGCCAGUGAUCACAGAGGAUUUCAAAACAUGAUGUUACAAGAGACCACACGAGAUCUUCCGGAAAGGAGAUGUUAUGAUGAAGAUCCUAGACAACAGGAACAACAUUUCGAAGAAUAUUCAAGAGCUGAAGCUCCAAGAAGCACUCAAGAGACAAGAUAUUAUGAAGGUGAUUACAGAGGCUUUGGAAGUUAGGAUCCUGAAAGAAACUGGGAGCAACAGAAAGGACGUUCAUUAGAGCGUUUUGAGAACCGAGGCCCGGCAGAUGUUGAAAGAGGUUUUCAAGAGAGCUUUGGCAAGCCUCCUGUUCACUUCCAACCAACGUCUCUACAAGAAGAAGCAAGGAUAUAUGCUGGGAGAGCACAGCAGAGGUCUCAUCAGAAUGACCAUGAGCCAGGCGAUGAACCCUACGACCCGUUCCACCCAUCAUCCGAGGCGACCAGCUCACCAGUCUUGAAAAGAUUGCAUCAACUCUUCUUGAGCUUGUGGCUCGUAGAUGAAGUUAGGCUGAUGAGUCAGUUCCUAAUAUAAGAUGGUUAUAGCUUAACAAUAGUCUACAGUGAUUGAUCACCUUUUUGUAAACUCAUACAAAAACUUAUACUAUAUGUAAUACUGUUUUCAUCCACCCAUACCGCCUAUCCUCUGCAGGGUCACGGAGGGCUGGAGGUUAUCCCAGCAUCUCAGGCUACAGGCAGGGCAAUACUCUGAACGGAUAGGCAGUCAUGCAGGGCUCACACACACACACUCAUACUGUUUUCAAUUACUACCUAAAUUCUUACCGCUUUUCAUUUUGUCACGAUUUGUAGCUUGCUAAGAAAUUGUAAUGGGUUUUGUUCAAAUGAUUUAUAAGAAAGAUGAUUGAAAAAAUAAACAGUUCAACCCAAAUUUGACCAUCCUUUUUUAGCAAUAUAUAUUUUUUUAUUAUUAUUUAAUAAAUUGACAUUGGUUUUAAUGUAUGGUGUAUAAAAUAUAACAAGGAUUUCAGGUUGUUGUUUGUGUCAAACAUCUUUUUGUGUGAAAAGCUGACCACAGAACUGGAUUCAACUAUAAAAAUAAAUAAAAAAUUAUUUAAUUUU